AAGACUAGACCACAAUUCCCUCACUCUCUCCUCUCUCUCAAAACCCUGCAAAACCCCUCUCUUUCUCUGUCUUCUUUCUCUCUCUGUUUCGGAUUUCGAUGGCGCAGAGCGAGUCGCAGAAAAAGCAGAGGGACAGGCGGAAGAAGAGGAAGCGAGAGAAGGAAGACCAAACCCAACAAGAAGAAGAAAAAGAUGGAAAUGGUGGUGAAGAUGAGGUUCUCAGGAGGGACCCAUUUGAGGUUUUCGGUCGAGAUAUAAUGUUGAAGAUACUGCGCAACCUCGACGCACGCAGCGUGGCACUCUCUCUCCUUGUUUCACGUGGUUGGCACAGCGUUGCUUCCAGUGAUCGCCUUUGGAGCUCCAAGUGUGAGGAAUUGUGGCUUGGGAAAGCACACAUACCUCGCUUGUCACAAAGCAGGGGAUUAUCGAAGUUGGCUGCCUAUUCAUUAUCUGUCAUGGAUGGCAAGCGAACGCGGAUUAUGAAGGAUGACUUAUGUGACCAUGUUUGGGAGUUUCAUUUCAACGAGGGAGCUCCAGCAUAUUGGCUUGAUCUUGAUCCUUACUGGAAGGGCAGCGGCCCUCUCAUGCGACGCUACUUCCAUCCAGAUGGGAGCCAAACUGCAGAUCCUGACGACAAAGUAUGGGGUGGACAUGAAAGCUGUUUUUCUAUCGUUACUAGCUUCAUCGGUGAUGGAACGAUCAGGGAACACUAUGUUAGAAUAAACAGAUGGCCGAGAAUGUAUGUGUUUAGAAAGCAGGACUGGAGUUGGGAAAUGUACAACCACCUCUAUUACUACUCCAGCAUUCCGGAUGCUGACAAAGAAGGUGGAACCGGACCACUGUUUGAAGUUAUGUAAAUAGGUUUCCUCCACUUUUACAUGAUGGUAUUUAGGUAUGUAUAAAUGCUGUUUAUUCUGUCUUUAAGUUUAGUUAGGUUCGUGUCUCCUUAGAACUCAAGGAUACACAGGAACGAGCCUAGAGAAUAGAUCCUGCUCAAGGAAGCUCAUUGUCUAAAGUUUAGUUUGAAGUGUGUUUUUGUAUGGUUUUUUGUGUUUUGUAUAAAGAUGCUAUACAUAUAACAUUGUAACGGUACUCCUGCAGCAUAGUUCAACUGGUUUUGUCUGUAUAGAACAAAUAAAUUAUAUGAUAGAAUGUAUUAUUUCUUUUCUCCUCCUCAA